AGUGUGGACGUGCAAGCCCGGGCGUUUAAAGCGCCUCCGCUGGCGGUUUGUUUUGAAUGUCAAAGGCUGUCGAGCUAGCGAUACACGUCCGAAUAUUGUUGGUAGCCUAGCUUGGGCUAGCAGGCUAACCAGCUAAGGCUAACCAAACGGAGCCCGGGCGAUGUGACAAAUUUCGGGCGUUACAGCUGGAGGCUGGUACUUUUAUUCGUCACGCGAGCACCUUGUGCAGUUUUUGGGGUUGUUAUCGUAAGCAGAACGUGACGGGAUAAGUGUUAUUACGCAGGCGUAGAUGCUGAGGGUGGACUAGUUAGCAUAUAGCUCCCAGCGUCUCCCAUUCAUAUCCUGCCCAGUGGCGCCGCUAAAUGGCUAAUAUCCGCUGUCUUUGUAGAGAAGGCAAGUGGGUGCUAUGUUUGGAUUCUGGGGGUACCGUGCGGAUGGUGGAUUAUUGUGUGUGAUUAUGCCAGGGUCGUCCCGGGGCAAGACGACGAGAGACCGCAAGCAAAAGUUGUCAUGGAUGAUGAAGACGGCAGGUGCCUUCUCGAUGUGAUUUGUGACCCUGAGGCUCUCAAUGACUUUCUUCAUGGAUCUGAGACCCAUUUGGACACUGACGACCUUUUGGAUGGUUCGGGUGAUCCCACCACCUCGUUCUUCUCUUCCACUGGGGGCCAUGUUCCAGAGGUCCAGCCUACGGUUCAGCUCUCGGCUAAUGAAGCGGCAGGCCUGCCCAGAGUCAGCGUUGACCUGGACUUCCUGGAGGAUGACGACAUCCUGGGCGGAUCCCCAGACGGAACAAGCGGGAGCAAUGGCAUUGGGACGAAUCACGAGCCCUGCGACAUCUUGCAGCAGAGCUUGGCCGAGGCUAACAUCACGGAGCAAAGUUUACAAGAAGCCAAUGCAGAGCUGGACCUGGAAUCAUUUGGGAUUCCAGGUCUUCCUCAAGUGGUUCAGACGCUGCCUGAUGCCAGCCUCUCGGGAGCAGGGGGCGCGGCCGUUGGUGUAGGCAUCAGCGUCGGGGGGGCAGCGGCGGCGGCGAUCUUUCCUGGGUCGGCCCAAAGUGCCACCGCGACUCCCCCGAACGCCACCGCUGAGAUGCUGGGGUCUGUGCUGGCUCAACAAGGUCUUCAGCUGCAACCACAGGUGAUGAAUAAGGCCAUCAGUGUUCAGCCCUUCAUGCAGCCCGUGGGCCUUGGGAAUGUGACGCUUCAACCAAUUUCAAGUCUUCAAACUCUCCCAAACGGCAGCCAGUCUGGACAUUUGGGGAUCGGACAGAUUCAGGUUGUGGGUCAACCCACAGUCAUGACUAUCAAUCAGUCUGGGCAGCCCAUUCUGGCGAAAGCCAUGGGUGGAUACCAGCUGCAUCAGUCUGGGCCGGAGGUUUCGGGGACGACAACUCAGACGGGGCUCGGGGCGUCAGGACCUGGACUUCUCAUACAAAGCAACAAAACCACUUUGGGAUCUCCAGCGUUAAAUGGACCAGCUGCGGUUGUUAGCAGUGCAAACAGCACCAGUAGCGGCACCAUGACCGCACCUGCUGGACUUUUAGGCUUUGGAAGUACGCCCCUGAGUUCAGGAAUGGCACCCCAAUCUCAAACUCAAGGCCAAAUCAUGCACAAUGUGAUUAUCCAGCGGACACCAACACCCAUUCAGCCGAAACCUCCACAGAGUGGAGCCCUGCAAACUAAACUUUUCAAGCCACAGCAGCAGCAACAGCCGCCGCAACAACAACAACAGCAACAGCAGCAGCAGUCGACACCCCAAAACCUGCAGAACGACACCACCAAGGCCCUCGGGUUGCAACAAAUUCCCGUUUCUGCACCUCAGAAUGUAACUUUUCUGGCUGGAAAACCAGGCUCAAACGUUGUACUCAGCACUCAAACCACAACGCAAGGCUCGCAGUUCCAGCAAACGUUGUUCAAGCAACAGGCGGCACAAGCGGCAGGCAAGCCGCUCAGCGUACACUUAUUAAACCAAUCAGGCAGCAUCGUUAUUCCCUCACAGACAGUUCUGCAAGGGCAGAACCACCAGUUCCUCCUGCCACAGUUGCAAGCGGGCGGGCAGAUCCUGACCCAGCACCCCGGGGGCCACAUCAUAACCAGUCAGGGACCUGGGGGGCAGCUCAUUGCUAACCAGAUUUUAACAAACCAGAACAUCAACUUGGGCCAAGUGUUGACUUCCCAGGGACAUCCCGGGGCAGCCCACAUUCUAUCGGCACCCAUUCAGCUUCAGCCUGGCCAGAUGGGCACGCCCACCCUGUUUCAGAUGCCGGUCUCGUUGGCCCAGACGCAGAGCCAGGUGCAGACCCACACCGUCUCAGGACAUGGCCCGACGGUCAUCCAGGGCAUGCCCAUCCAGAACUCCUUGACUAUGCUAGGUCAGGUGGAGGGCUUGAGCCCCACGGUCAGCCUUCAGACAGCUUUGCAAGCCCAACCAGGUGGAGCCCCUAGCAGCAGCAGCAUCAGCAGUAGUAGUAAUAGUAUUAGUAGUAGUACCAGUAGUAGUAAUAGUAGUGGUAGUAGUGGUAAUAGUAGCAGCAGCAGCACCGGAGCAGCCACGAUAACACAAGUGCAGCCCGGAGAGUGCGUCACUGUGCUGGGGAACUCCACCAAUCAGGUUGCCCAGCAGGCCUCUAUCCUCUCCAUGCAGCAAACUCCUUCCGCAAUCACCACCGUAUCGUCCUCCGCUCCAUCCGUGUCCUCGUCUUCGCCGGUGACCGCGGUUGGGCUGGUCUCCCACCAGGCUCAGCACAGCCCAGGAAGGCUCCUGUUCACCAACCAGGGCUCCAGCAUGAUCCUCAGCCAGGAGUCUCUGCAAAUGUUCCUGCAGCAGCCGGAGAACAGAGAGGGUGAAUCGACCCCCUCUGCGGGGGUCCCUGCAUCUGUAAUCGUCAGCAGCGCCUGCGUCACAGCUCCGGCCCACACUGUCCAUGACAGCCAAUUAAGUGAUUCAUUGGUGGGUCAGAGCCCCCCAGUGGUAAAGCAGGUACCCUCCAGUGGACACCAGCAGCCCUUGAAGAUCCAGGGGUUGUCUCCCUCACCGGCUUUGACCAGUCACGCUGCAGCGCCCCCCGUGGCCAACAGCCCCCAGCCCUCGCAGUCGCCGCUGACUCUGAGCCAACACAUCCAGUCGCCGCACCAUCAGCAAUCACGUCCUCCCUCGCAGCCCCAGCCGGCGUCACAAACGCCCUCCCGCUCCUGCACGCCCUCGUCCCACCCACCGCCCCUCUUCAUUGUCCACAACCAAGUAACAGAGUCUCCCUCGCAGCCCCAAGUGGCCCAGCCGCAACCGACCCAAAUCCAAGUGCAGCUCCUGCCCCAGCCGCGGCCUGCCUCCCAGCCGGCGCCCUACCAACAUCAGGAGCAGCCCCCCAUGUCGCAGUCGCCCAAGCCCCCGCUUGCCCACCCUUUCACUGUCCCUCCCGCCGGUGCACCGGCCCCCGCUGUGUUAAAAACCCAAGUUCCCGUCCACAGCCUGACAGCGGAUCAGCAGCAGCACCUUGCGCUGUUGGGAUCGCAAAUCCAGACGCUGUCGGCCAUCAGCCAGCCCUCGCUGAAGCAGAAGCAGUUGCUGGAGAAGCUCCACCAGAUCCAGCAAAGCAUCCUGCUGCAGGUCAAGCAGCCCACCCAGGCUCAGGCCCAGGCUCAGGCCCAAGCUCAGGCUCAGGCUCAGGCUCAGGCUCAAGCUCAUGCUCAUGCUCAGGCUCAGGCUCAGGCUCAAGCUCAAGCCCAGGCCCAGGCUCAAGCUCAGGCCCAGGCUCAAGCUCAGGCUCAAGCUCAGGCUCAGGCUCUACCACCUCCCAACAGCCAGUUUACCGUGCAGCAAGACGUGCCUGUCGAGAAAGCGGUGAUCACCUCAUCGGUCUGUGCUGCCGCACCCGCCCAGCUUUCCUCGGCAUUGCAGCCCACCUCUGUGCUCAUUACAAGUCCUGCUACAGCCUCAAGUGACUUACACGUAGUCUCAGGAGUCCAGGGACCUGCUGGAGCCAAGGUGAAUCAGACGAUCGCCCCUGUGAGUCUUACUCAGCCUGCACAGAUUCACCCAAAGUCUGGAGUGAUCAGCUCAGGCGGAGGGAUGACUCUUAGUAAAAGUGGCAUGCAGAUCCACGUGUUAGGCACCAAUGUCACCCAAAUCCCUGCUCCACAGCCGCCAGCCCCUCUACAACCUCAAACAGCAGCGAAGAUGCCUUUCAGUGCGGAACCGAGCAAAGAAGCCAGGUUGCUGGAGCAAUUGAGGAAACAUCAAAGCUCGGUGGUUCACCCAAACUACAGCGCACCUUUCUACUCGUUUGAGGACACGCUGCACCGACUGCUGCCUUACCAUCUCUACCAGGGAACUGCCAACUCCUCUCAAGAUUAUCAGAAAGUGGACGAUGAGUUUGAGAGCGUCUCCUCUCAGCUCCUGAAGAGAACGCAAGCCAUGCUUGAUAAAUAUCGAUACCUGCUUUUUUCUGAGUCUAAGCAGAGACUUGGCCCCUCGGCAGAGAUGGUGAUGAUUGACCGCAUGUUCAUUCAGGAGGAAAAACUUGCGCUAAGCCAGGACAGGAUUUUGGCCAAGGAAAGACCAGAGGAGUUUGUGGCCAACGCUCGCCUGUUGGAGAGUUUAGCUUCGUCCCAACAGAAGUCCCCUCCGGCCGAGCCUGCCUCGAACACAGCCGGUGUAGCUGUGGCCCCAGCUGCCUCCGCCGUGGCCCCUCCGCCAUCAGAGCCCUCACCUCUCACUCCGGCCAUACCUUCGCACGUCCCACCGAAACCCCCGACUGCUCCCAGCCCAUCUCCAGCGCCACCACCCGCUCCUGCGGCCACCCCUCCUUGCGGCUCUUUCCCCCCAACAAAACUAGUCAUAAAGCAGGGUGGCGGUGGGGCCUCAGUGUCGUGGUCCAGUAGCUGCCCGCCUCCUCCUGGUGGUUCCGAACCGACCGGCCAGACCCCCUCCUCAUCACGCACGCCAGCAUCAUCAUUGUUCUUCUCAUCCUCUUCCUCCUCCAACUCUAAAAUGGAUGACGAUGACGAUGAUGCGCUCCCGCAGAGGACCAGCAAGCCGCCCAUCAAAACCUACGAGGCUCGGAGGAGGAUCGGCUUGAAGCUGAAGAUCAAGCAGGACCAAACGGGCUUCGGUAAGGUGGUCCACAACACAGCCUUAGACCCUGUGCACACCUCUCAGCCCAACACCUCCAAAUCGCAACCCUCGUCCACUCCUACGUCCACCGGCGUCAUCCGAACCCAGUCGCCCGUGUCGGUCACCAUAACGACCACUCAAUCCAACCCCUGUCAGAGUUCGUCCUCAACGCAAAUAAACGGCACCCUGGAGCACCACAACACUGCCUCCGCAACCCCCGCCCCCUCGCAGACUACCUGCCGCCUCCCCCUCAGAAAGACUUACCGGGAGAAUGUCAGUCCCCGGGUGCGGCCGGGCGUCCUGGGGGGCGGCGGGGACGACGACUCGGCGCCAUACCCCACCCCCGCGCACGAAAGGACGGUCAUAGCCAGCGUGAAAGUGGAGAAACGAGGCCGAGACCCCAGCUCUGGCUUGGACGACGUUUUCAACCACGCCGUCAAGGGGGUCAAGGGGAGCGGGGAGGAUCGCUCGGAGCAGGACGCCGACUUCCCUAAAUUCAAGCGGACGAGCGGGAAAAUGAAACAGAGGCAAGCAGGGACUUUUAGGAUGGACCAGCACGCGCCGGGGCCCCCUUCACCAGAGUUCCCUUCGUUUCCCGCCAAACGCUGCAAAUCAGAUUCGCCUGACAUGGACAACGCGAGCUUCUCCAGCGGAAGCCCCCCCGACGACUCCCUCAACGAGCAUUUGCAAUGCGCCAUUGACAGCAUCCUCAACCUACAGCAGGAGCCCACUCUACGGGGGCACCACCACCACAAGGGGGCCCAUGACCGGACAAAUUCACGCUCGAUCCCCCCGCACAGACCCUCGGGUCCCCCGUCAUCUUCCUCCGCCUCGUCCACCCUGGCCCAGCACCCUCAGGUCGGUGGCCGCGGCCACAACGGCAACCUGGUGCCGCAGACUCAGAGCAGAUAACGCCCCCCCGCCCCCCGCAUGGACUGACCGGGGGAGGGGGGCGCCCAUGAGAAUAGAGAGGGAGUCCUGACAACUGCCAAGUUUGUCCACGGAAUUCUCUCGUCAUGUUUUUGUUGUCUUGUCCUAUCCGGGCUUCUCCUUAUGUUGUCACGUGAUCAUGGCCCCCACCUUCCUUCUUGCCCCCCACCCCACCACCACCACAAUGGUGUUUCCAGGAUAGUGUUUCCCAAUAUUCACUGAGCCAAGGCACAUAUUUUAUGAGAAAAACUCUCAUGGCACAAGAACAAACUGGAAAUGUCACACAGAGUGUAGUUUAUAUCUAUCUCUAUAUAUCUAUACAUAGAUAUAGAUAUAGAUACAUAUAGAGAGAGAGAAAGAGAAGGGGAGGUAGCUAGCUAGCCCGUACUUACAAGCAAAAUUCACACCACGAUUGAUCCAUGAAAAUUCCCACAGGUCUCCAUUCGUCUGCCUUUCUAUGACUCUUCCAUUGUCUAAACAACAAUAACAAUGAUUGAAUUAAAACUGGUAUUCAAGCGGUCCUCUUCAUCAUGCAGUUCCGUUUGACACCUUGCAAUUGAGUAACAGUUACCUUGAGCUUGGAGUGUCAGCAGCAAUUUGCAACCGAGCGACUGAAAGAGUCCCAAAAAGGCAUACAAGUGGACACCAUUGGAAAAUUUUAUAAAAGGUAUUUCAUCCAUGAAAACGUUCAUUCUGCUCCUUGUUGGCGCAAGUUGUGCUGAAACAUUGAACAGUUAGUCAUAUGCAUUCAACAUUUACAUAAA